CAAAGGAAACCUGAGAGCAACCCCCUCUGGAAAGGCAGCAGGGGAUUCCGGAGCCUUUGUGCUUUCCCUCGCCAGUGUUUAUGCUGAGCGUGGUCUGUCUCAGGAAGCUUCAGAAAUGGAGCGCCCUAUUUGAAGAGGACCCAACCUGACCCAACCUUACUUGUGCUUCUUCUCUAAAGACUCUGGCGUUGCUGCUGCUUCCUUGUCAGGAUGGCCGAAAGGGCUCCUCCAGGGAUAAACAAAAAAUCUUCAAGGUCUACCCAGUCCCUUCCACCAGAACCAGUGGAAAUAAUCCGGAGCAAAGCAUGUUCAAGGAGAGUCAAAAUCAACGUAGGGGGGCUCAACCAUGAAGUUCUAUGGAGGACUUUAGAUAGACUUCCACGAACACGUUUAGGGAAGCUUAGAGACUGCAAUACAAAUGAAUGCUUACUAGAAGUAUGUGAUGACUAUAAUCUCAGUGAGAAUGAAUAUUUCUUUGAUAGACACCCGGGUGCUUUCACCUCCAUUUUGAAUUUCUACAGGACGGGGAAGCUACACAUGAUGGAGGAAAUGUGUGCCCUUUCUUUUGGCCAAGAGCUAGACUACUGGGGGAUUGAUGAGAUAUACUUAGAAUCUUGUUGCCAGGCAAGAUACCAUCAGAAGAAAGAGCAAAUGAAUGAAGAGCUAAGGAGAGAGGCAGAGACACUGAGAGAAAGAGAAGGGGAAGAGUUUGACAAUGCCUGCUGCCCAGAGAAAAGGAAAAAACUAUGGGACUUGCUGGAGAAACCCAACUCAUCAGUUGCUGCAAAGGUAGGAUAAUGGAUGGUGGUUAAAGAGUCACCAAAAAUGUUUAGAAUAUUUGCUUAUGUUACAUGUUAUGUCCUGAUAACAUUCACAAGAAACUUUAUGGUAAUUAUUUUAGGUGGUUUUUUUAAAAUAUAAAAAAUAACAACCCUACAGCCUAAUAUAGGCUUAGCUUGUGAGUUUUCCUGUUUUUUCAUCUGUGGGAGAAAUCCAAAGGUGAGUCUCAUGUGCGGUGAGUCUCAUGUGCUCUGGUGUACUUUUGAGACUCUCUGUUCCAACUGAUUUUCUCCAUAAUUUAUGCCAGGCUACCUCCUAAAGGACCUCAGGAAGUUUCCUUCCAUGCAGUGUAAGCAAUUGUGAUCUAUUAAAGAAAAGGGGAUCUUGCCUUGUAUGGGUCUAUGGGGAACUGGAUCCUGGUAGUAUUCAUUGGUCAAACUAAUGCUCAGUGCCUAAGAAUGCUUUUGGGUGUGUGUGUGUGUGUGUUAGAAAUACUGCAAUCUUAUGCACACUUACCUGGGAGUAAAUCCCACUGAACAUAGUAGGGCUUACUUCCACAUAAAUGUGCAUAAGUUUGCUUUGUUCUUUCUCAUUUUUUCCCUUGGGUGCUGAGUGGAAUGUAGGGUGCAGUUUAUAUGUAAUUAUGCAUCACCAAGCUAUUUCUGAGAUAUUAACAGAACAAUCCUAUAGAUGCCUAUGCAGAAGUAAGUUCUAUUGGUGUCUGUGAGGCUUACUCCUGAAUAAGUAGGUAUAGGAUUGCAGACUAAUUGGCAAAGUGCCAUUGAAGAAAUGGCAAUUUUUGAAAAUGAAGACUAACCAUUUAUUGUCAGAAUGUAACUUAUGAUUCCCACUACUCUUGACUACACAUUCCAUAGAAGAAUCGGGAAUUUCUUUCUUUUUUUGUAUUUGUCUCUUAGUUGCUAAGUUUGUCUCAGCUGCUAAUUUUAAAUUUCAUAUGCCUACGCAUGAACUAGCACCUAUUUCCACCUAGGCUGCUUUUUGGAAUGUCUUCUGCCAAACUGGCUUUAGUUAGUGGGCGCAAUGCUUAUAUAAUCUAUGUGUGAAAGACAUACCGUAAAUAUAUUAUGGUUGAUUUGUGUGUGGAAAUAAACAAAAACUGGAUAUUUUCCUUAUAUGGGGAAGGAUUGAACAUUAAAUCUUGGGUGUGUGAAUCAAUACUCCUCUCUUUUUUGCUUUUUCUGUAGCAUUUGGAGAGGAGGGCUCACAGAUCUCCUCCAUUAUAUGAGAUGCAUGAGUUCCAGAUAUGCAGACAAACCCCCACACAAUGCAUGAUGGGGAAAAUGCAGAAGGCUCCAUUUUGGCUGUUUUGGGGAAACUGUGAAUAAACAAAACAAGGGUCCACAAGUUACUUUCCUUGCCCAUUCCCUACCCUGCCCCUCAGCAAGAUGGUAGUGGCUUGAAUCCUGACACAUUUUGAGUGUAAGGAUGGGGGACAAUUUUUAUCACUGUCUCCCAUGGCUGCCAAAAAUCCCAGGAGAGCAAGGGAGGUAGUGUAGUGGCAAUGGUGAAAUCAGCAACAACUGCCUGUCCCACCUUACUCCUCCGCUCCCAGCAGGAGCUUCCACUGGAUCAAAUGCCCUUUGAUGAACAGAAGGGUAACUCAGGAUCCAAGCCAAUUCCUGAAUCCACUCAAAGAUUAGUCAUGUAUUUGAUAAAAUUUUACUACAAAAAAUGUUAGGGAAUAUGCCUAACGAAAGCUGCACAGUGAUGAA